AUGCAAGCACCGGUGGUGGUUAUGAACACCCAGGCGGGUGACCGGCAGGUUGGCCGGAGAGCACAGCUCUCGAACAUCACCGCCGCAAAGACUGUCGCUGAUAUCAUUCGGUCGUGUCUUGGGCCCAAGGCGAUGCUGAAGAUGCUUCUUGAUCCCAUGGGCGGUAUUGUGUUGACCAAUGACGGCCACGCUAUUCUCAGAGAAAUUGAGGUGUCGCACCCCGCGGCCAAGAGCAUGAUUGAGCUCAGCCGUACCCAAGACGAGGAGGUGGGAGAUGGAACGACCACUGUGAUCAUUCUUGCCGGUGAGAUGCUUGCCCAGGCGCUCCCCCAACUCGAACGCAACAUCCACCCCGUUGUCAUUAUCUCUGCCUUUAAGCGCGCCCUGGCCGAUGCUCUCGCCAUUGUGGAGGAGGUUUCUGUGCCUGUGGACAUCAACGAUGACAAGGCCAUGUACACUCUCAUCCAGUCGUCUAUCGGAACCAAGUUUGUCGCCCGGUGGUCCGAACUGAUGUGCAGUCUGGCCCUGAAGGCUGUGCGGACAGUCUCAUUCGACGUCGGUGGGGGUAAGAAGGAGGUCGAUAUCAAGCGUUAUGCCCGUAUCGAGAAGAUCCCCGGCGGUCAGAUCGAAGACAGCGAAGUGAUCGACGGCGUGAUGAUCAACAAAGAUAUCACUCACCCCAAGAUGCGGAGACGAAUCGAAAACCCUCGCAUCGUCCUGCUCGACUGUCCAUUGGAGUACAAGAAGGGCGAGUCGCAGACAAAUAUCGAGGUCACCAAGGAGGAGGACUGGAACCGUAUCUUGCAGAUCGAGGAGGAACAGGUGAAGCACAUGUGUGACGCCAUCCUCGCCCUCAAGCCUGAUAUUGUCAUCACCGAAAAGGGUGUAUCAGAUCUGGCACAGCAUUACUUCGUCAAGGCCAACGUGACCGCCCUCCGCCGCGUGAGAAAGACAGACAACAACCGUAUUGCUCGUGCUACCGGCGCGACCGUUGUCAACCGCGUUGAUGACCUCCAGGAGUCCGAUGUCGGAACGCAAUGCGGCCUGUUCGAGAUCGAGAAGAUUGGCGACGAGUACUUCACGUUCAUGCGCAAGUGCCAGAACCCCAAGGCCUGCACGAUCCUCCUGCGCGGUCCAUCCAAGGACAUCAUCAACGAGAUCGAGCGGAACCUGCAAGACGCCAUGUCCGUUGCCCGCAACGUCAUCUUCCACCCCCGGCUGUCCCCCGGAGGCGGUGCCACCGAGAUGGCCGUCUCCGUCAAGCUAGGCCAGCUGGCCCGCUCGAUCGAAGGCGUCCAGCAGUGGCCGUACAAGGCCGUCGCCGAUGCCAUGGAGGUCAUCCCACGCACACUGGCCCAGAACGCCGGCGCCAGCCCGAUCCGUCUCCUCACCCGCCUGAGGGCCAAGCAUGUUGAAGGGCACACCACUUGGGGUCUUGACGGCGAGAGUGGUAACCUGGUUGAUAUGAAGGAGUACGGUGUCUGGGAGCCGGAGGCCGUGAAGCUCCAGAGCAUCAAGACCGCAGUCGAGUCUGCCUGCCUACUCCUUCGCGUCGACGAUAUCUGCAGCGCCAAGUCUGCACAGCAGGCCGGCGCAAACGUCGGCGGUGGAGAUGACUGA